AUGACGACCAAGCAGGCCGCCAUCAACGACCUCUACCGCCUCAUUCCGGCCGCCAACGGCAACGUCGGCCCGGUCCUUCUCCGCUACAAGCAGCUGCUCGGGGAGGCGCUCGUGCCCUUCACCAACAGGACGAAGCUCGUGGCCGCGAUCUCGCUCGGCUGCAGCUUUGGUGCCGUGUACCAGGCGCCGUCGACGAAGCCCGUGACGUGGAUCAAGGCGCUCUUCCGACAACGCCGAGUGCCCAGUUGUUCUGCAUGGCAAGACGGGCUACGCGCAGCCGACAUGCUCUCGGUGGUCAAGAAGUGCGACAACAGCCGCGUCGGUCGCUGUGUGUACCAGUAA